UGCGUUCCUCCUGACCUGAGCAGAAGCACGUGAUUAGGCGUGUUUACCUAUGAUACAAUGUAGCGUCUAUGAGACCAUCAUCAACCUCAGCCGAAUAAUCAAUUACACGCUUACGUUCAGGAUCAGAAUCAGUUAUUGGAUUUACAUUAGGGUCUUCGCUGACAAAUAACUGCUCGAUGCAUCUGAGAAAAGGGAAUCGGAGUGUGUAGCCUGCGGGCGAGCGAGUCAAGCGGAAAGAGUGGGCUCUUUUGAGGGAUACUGGACAACCAGAUGUAUUCCUAAAUCUCUGCUGCUAUCCUCAUCAUGGGUGUUAUAGAGGAGACUGACGUAGAGCAGGUGACCCUGGCUCUUUUGGAUGCUGCCAAUGACAAGGAUCCGGUGGUGCAGGAACAGGUCAGGAAAUCCAUUUUGACACUAGGGAACCAGCAGCCUGAUAAAGUCCUGUCCAUGUGUCAGGACUACCUGCUCAAACACCCCAAGCUGGUGGUCGUGCACAGAAUGGUGGUCUUGCAAACCAUUGAGAUGGUGGUGAAGAGCAGGAUUGAUGACAUCAGUUACCCCAAGAUCAAGAGUGUUAUACAUCUGGCAUCAGAUGAGAUGACUAAAUCAAAGGAAGUUGUCCCUGACUGGCAGCAAGCAGCCAGUAAUAUACUAGUUGCUGUGGGAAACAAAUAUAUUAAUGACAUCAUGGAGGAGAUACUCGGGAAGUUCCAGCCGGGAGUUUUGCCUCACUUCUUUGUGGUCCAAACACUAGCCAAUCUCUCAGACUCAAAUGUAUAUGGGAUGGUGCCAUUUCUCAGUGCUAUAUUGGGGACCAUGUUGCCCAUGCUGGGAAUGACCAAACAAGACAACAUGAAAUGGGUCUUCUCUUCCGCUCUCUGCCGGUUUAGCGAGAGCAUUCUAGAGUAUCUGGCCAACCUAGACAAGGCUCCAGACCCCACUGUGCGUAAAGACACCUUCUCCAGUGAGAUUUACUCAGCCUACGACAUCCUGUUCAACAGCUGGAUCCAGAGCAGAGAGUCCAAGCUGCGUAUGACUGUUGCAGAGGCUCUCGGGUCAAUGAGUCAUCUGAUGGCACAUGAUAAACUGGAAGAACAGCUUCCCAAACUCCUUCCCACCAUACUGGGCCUCUACAAGAAGAAUGCAGAACACUACAUCAUCAGCAAGAGCUUGUGUCAGGUCCUGGAGGCCUCUGUGAAUAUGGGCAGCAGAGUGUUGGAGACACAGAUGGAUGGUCUUUUACUUGCUCUGCACCAGCAGAUAUGCUCACCUGUAGACUUCAGCAACCCUCCAACUGUGAAAAAUCACAACGAGGUCCUGCGAUGCUUCAGUAUCCUUGCGAACACGUUCCCCGACCGCCUGAUGGUGUUUGUGCUCCAGAGGUUGGAGAACAGUAACGAGAGGAACAGAAUGGGCGCACUGGCUGUUCUCAGACACCUCAUCAACUCAUCCACCUCCACUAUGGAAACCAAGAAGCUCCUAAUUCUAACCAGCAUCAGGCAACCUCUGGCUGACCACAGCAAUAAGGUGAAGAAGAGAGUGGUGCAGGUGAUCAGUGCGAUGGCUCAUCAUGGUUACCUAGAGCUGGAGGGAGGAGACCUGCUCGUCCGCUUCAUCAUUCAGCACUGUGCUCUACCAGACACUUAUCAUCGAGGACAGCGACCACCAGACCCAGAGGAAGUGACCAAUGAGGCUCUGCGUAGCAUGUGUGAUAACACGCUACAUCUUUUCACUACUACAGUGGGCCGGCUGACUGAUGUUCUGUGGCCGAUGUUGCUUUGCUACCUGACCCCAAAUCAGUUUGCCAACGCCACCACCCCCUUGUGCAAGAGUUUAAUUCUUCUGGCCAAUAAGAAGCGAACAGCACAAGAAACCAACUUCAUCAUAGACUUCAAUGCACAAGGCUAUAGUCUUCCCUCACAAUAUAUCCUGAUGAUAAGGCUCUUGGUGAAUGCCUCGUUCCCGUUUCGGUGCAGGGGACACGGUGCUCCCUCCCUGAGUCUGCUCAACUCUAUCAGCCCUAACAUUCACCCUAAAGCAGAGCCGCUGUGGGAAAAUGAGAUUCCAAAGCUGCUCGAUUAUCUUGAAGAAUCAUCAGAAGAAUCUCUGGACAAAAAGAAGUGGGAAGAAAGUUUACUUAAGCUCCUGUCUAAAACUCUGUCAGCCAUUGACGACAGCCAGUGGACCGGUCAGCUUGCAGCAGAAGCCACACGGUACCUGCCCACCUACAACAACUCACUGGAGGAGAAGAGUUUUUUGUAUAGGUGUGUCGGUGUGAUUCUCCAGCAGUGCCACAAUAAAGAGUUGGUCAAGAAACAGCUGCAGGAGAUCCUGAUCAGCACUCGCCACAAUGAUGCAAUCGAAAGAACGGGUGUUGCCAUGGGAAUCGGGCUGUGCGCCAGCAGCCAUCUCGAUGGCACGCUGGAAAAACUGGAGGAGUUUGGGAAGUCUGACGCCUUCAGGAAAGCCUCAGGGAUAUUUGGUCUUCUCAAAGAUAAAAACGAUGUUGAUGUGGAGAAAAUGAAAAGCACUUUAAUUUUGUGUUACGGCUAUGUUGCGUUGCACGCUCCAGAAGAUAAGCUCCUCACUCGCAUCGAUAGGGACAUUCUCCAAAACAUCUCGAAAAACUUCAACACCAAGGUUCUGGGAAUUAAAGUAGAGACCAAGGACAUGACUAUGAAGCUCAGUCUCAUUCAUAGUGUUGGACUCAUUGCCAAGGCCAUCAGCAACAGUGUCCGUAAACAGGGCUUCCUGUUCUCCCGCAAACAAGAGCUGAUGGGUGUUAUGAUGGAUUUCAUUAAAGCUGAACCAGCAGAUGUCAUGCGGACUCCUGUUCGCUAUCUGGUUAUGACCACGUGUGCCAACCUCAUAAACUUAGAUCCUCCUUUAUCAGAAAAUGAAAACUUUGACUUGUUAAAAAUAUGUUUGACUGGUGUUUAUGGUCUUCCUUCUGUGGACACUCUGGACAAAGCUAAAGAUGAAGAAGCCCUGGAUCCACAGCAAAGAGAGGCCUUAUAUUCAGAUACUUUUAACGCUCUUCUUGAAUUGCUGAAGAAUGUGUUAGCCAGAGAUUUGAGUCCUGAUGGUCUGCAGUCUGUUUUUAAGCAUAUUGAGAGCUGGCUGAGCUCAGGAAAAGAAUAUGAGCGGGAGAGAGCAGCAAAGACCAUGGCAGAUUUACUGCAUUUUUAUCUGGACCAUCUCAAUGUGAAGAAUCUAGUGACAUUCCAUAAUCUGGGAGCUCUUGUGGGGCGUCUGGCCCCACGGUGCACAGACCCAAACCCUGAGGUGCGGCGGGCAGCCAUAGACUGCGUCUAUAGUCUAAUGUACAUUCAGCUGCGCUAUGAAGGCUUUUCACUGGACUACAAAGACGAUUCAGUUGAGGGUCUUUUAGAUGUUCGUGAGAAGCUAAGCAAUCCUGACCAUUCAGUCUUGUACCAAACCUGCUCUGAGCUGACUAAGAUCAUCAGUAAGCGUUUGCCCCAGCAGCAGUUGAGCACCCUGUUGUUUAUGCUGUUUGAUGGUUUGGUGGACUCUCAGUCCAACUGUUCCAGAGCAUCCAGUGUGAUCCUCAACACCUUGCUGAAGAACAGAGGUGCUGGCCUGCAGGAUCUGGUGCCAGAGAUGUUGGAGGUGUUGCACAACCGGCUGCAGGUGAUUGGUGAAGAGCAGGUGAAGGUGGCUAUCGGUCAGUCCAUCCUCAUCCUCGCUACACAGCACCUUCAGACAGUGGUCAACACGCUCGUCGCCUACCCACUACCAUACGACAGCUGGAGCUGUGAGAUGUGGAUGGCUCUAGGAGCAGACAGCACUUUGGCCCUGCAAAUCAUGGAGAUGAUUAUCGAGAAGCUCAGUGUUAUGGUUCCCUGUGUAGAUAAGAAGGAGUCCAUGUUAAGACCUGGUUUGACCAAAGUUGCCACAAGCCAACCAUUGGCUAUGACAUGUGCCCUUCGUGAGAUGAUGCUGAAUGGUCAGUCAGCUGACGCCGUGGCGUAUCUGUUUCCAAAGCUCUUCAGCGCUCUGCUUUUGCGUUUGGGUUCUAGCGUGGGAGUUCAGCUACCUAAAGAUCUCAACAGCAACAGCAUCAUUUCAGACCGCAAAACAACCAACAAAAACAAUGUUGCUUAUUUUGAUGUGUGCGGGGUGGCAGUGGAGGCCCUGCGGAUCCUGCUGGCUCGAGCUCAGCUGGACGCUGUCGUGAAACCAUUAGAUCAGGAGGGAGCUUGGGACAAGAUGAAGGACCCGCAGCAGCACACAACAGGAGUCACUCUGCUCUCCAGAGCAAUGGCAAAGCAUGCUGGUCCAAGACUCCCUGCAAUUGUGGAGAGUCUGUGUCCUUCUCUCUGUAAUAUUUACGAGUGCCAGAGGAUCACAGUCACAGCCUUCUUCUCUGAGCUGCUGAACCACCACGUAGUGACUGAACUGAUGAUUUUGGACAUGUUGAUGAACAACAUGAUGGAAAGAAUUACUGACACCUGCGGUACUGUCCGCAUGCUGGCUGUCCGAGGCCUGGGGAACAUUGCUGUGGGCUCACCUGAGAAGGUGAAUAAGUAUGCAAAGGAGCUUUUAGCAGCCAUGAGUUCAGGAAUGGAAGAGAAGGAUGAUCCAGGGAAACUCAUCACACUGGAGGCCAUGUCAGGAAUGUCCAAGAUAUUGCUUUACCUGGAUCAAAAGAAUGUCCAACUGCUUGUGGUUUACAUCUUCAUGAAGAUAAAACCCUUUCUGGAGAAUGAGAACGAUGAGAUCCGAUGUGCUUCCAUCAUGCUCCUGGGAAACCUGUCAAAGUUCGGCUCAGGUGAGCCCAUCUUUAAAGACCAGAUCCACAAUGUUCUGGUCAGCUUGUUGUUGCACCUCAAUGAUCCCAACCCUCAAGUGGUCAAGGCAUGCAAAUAUGCCAUGCGCGUGUGUGCUCCAGUCGUAGGUUCAGAACAGAUCUCUGCCAUGUUCCAGAAUCAUCUUCUUGAGGAGAAGGGUUUGCACUAUGGAGAGUUCAUUAAUGACCUCACCAAAUACCUAAUCCAGGAUUUCCCAGGCAUGCUGAACUUCUACCACAUCACAGUCAUUCAGUUCUUCAAGAGUAACUGGUCUGAGAUCAGAGCCGGUGCUGCCAUGUUCAUUGGGUUUUUGCUUGGAAACCUUCAUGAUGAGCAUUUCUCCCAUAUGAAUAUGGGGUCCGUGACCAAGGGUCUGGUGAUGCUGCUGCAGGAUCCAGAUCCUCUCGUGCGGGUCAAAGCCGCUGAAGCCAUGGGUCAUUUUCACUGACGUUACCUCAACUCUACAGCCAAUCAGAUUGGUCUUUGAUUUUAAGUUUGUUGCUUUGAAUUGUUGUUCUAAAGGUUUUUUAUUUUUGACCAAAGACUGUUCACUAGUUCUGUAAGAAAAGAGACGAAUAAAAAAAAAAGACAUGUAUUGACGUUACAGCACUUUUACUGCAAGUACUCUCAGAUAUACGGUGUGUGUGUGUGUGUGUGUGAUCCCUAGAGUGGGGUUUUUCACCUGCGGUGGUUUUUAAUGUAAGGUAUGUACUUGCAAGCCCUUUACAAAUGAGAUUUACUGAAGUUUGAAUGCAAGUACACUAAUAUUGCUGGUAUUACUUGCUUGACCAUUCCUGUAGCGUGCUAAACGCAUAUCAACACUUCAUUAAAGGGGUCAUGAAUUGACAUGUAAGAGGUCACUGUACAAUAAAAAGCAUUCUAAACGUUUCAGAACUUAAAACUUUCUUGUUAGUCCAAAAACAUCUUUUAUUGAAACCAAGCUCUGAAAAUGACUCAUUUCAGAUUUUGUCACAUUUAUGACAUAAUAGUGCAACUAAAGACCGCCUCUGCAGAAUCAGAUCGAUGCCUACUUCUACAUCAUCAAAUCUUUGGCCACGCCCACUGGCGCGUUAGUGAGAUGAGAAGAGCGAUAAAUGAUUAUCACUAGACUAAAAAUAGCAUUACCUUCCAAAGCAUCCUAAUGAUAGGAAAGUAAGUACAUUUCACUGUGGAUUCUUUGGUAAAUCAGUCGCAAUUUUGGCGCAAGCUUUGAAAACAGACAGUAAUGCCCCAACAUGUAAGUAACAGGGUUAAUUCUAUUGCCUGAUCCGCAAUCAGUGAUUUCUGAUAUGUAAUGAUUUAUGUUCAGUCAGAUGUUCUUUGUCUCAAAAUCGUUUAUUUCUGUUUAUGCGUCAGUAAAUCAAGCCAAUGAAUAAACGGUCAACUUCACAUCGUUUUCUUAGUAGCACAAACAUAAUCUGUUAUUUAAAUUGUGAUAAUUAUAUACAGAAAGCACUGGAGCUGUCAAUCACACAGCGCAAAUUUAUCAGUUAAUGAGUUCUAGACUCCCGCCAAAACUCCCAUUAUAAUUUAUGACGCUUUCUACACUGCACAAUGAAUCUCUUAUUUACAUCUUGUUUGCACUGUUAGUUAUGAUGAAGUAGAGUAGAGAUCUAAAAAUAAUGUGUAGAGAGUAGAUCUAAAAAUAGAUCUAAUGCUAUUUUCAUGAUAAGUUAAUCUCGAUAGCUGUAAUAGUAAAAACUUAGUAAAAGUUUUCGAGAGAUUUACACCAUCAAUACUUAUUUCAUAUGCGAAGAUGAAAGCCAAUCAUAGCAGUGGGCGUGUACAUCUCACAGCAGACACGCCCCUUAAAACUAGAGGGACUCAAAUUCGAGGGCUAAAACCAGGGAAGAAAAUUGGCUUUUAUUUCUAAAUUGUGACAAUUUUUGAUUUAAAAGUCACACUAACGUUAUAAGUGCACCUCAGGAAACAUAAAAUAAAAAAGUUCAUGACCCCUUUAAAUCAUUAAAAAUGUAUGUAGGAUGAAUCAAUAUAUUAGAAACUACAAUCAACACUGUUUUUCGGGUAAUGGAAUCUGAUGUACUGCUCAGUUUGAGUUUAAUCCUCUAAAAAUGUUAUAAGUAGACUGUUGAGUCAUAUUGGCCACCCUAUACCUUUAGCAAUAAAUCACCCUAAUAGGGAUGUGCAUUAGCAUAAUCUGCUUAGCCAUUAACUGCAACUAAAAUCUCCUGUUGUCCUCAAUCAAGAAAGAUAAGCAUUAUAGUGUUUUUGCUGUGA